UUCAAACUGUUGUGUAGAGUCUAUAUAAAUGAAAAUCAAAACAAAUUUCCAUUAGUUUGUGAUCAAAACUAUAAGCAAAUAAUUGCAAAUUAAAAUUUCAAAAAAUUAUAACCAAUUUUCAUUAAUACAUAGAUAUGUCGGAAACAAUUUUGGUGACGGGAGGGGCCGGUUAUGUGGGCUCACACUGUGUGCUGGAGAUGUUGGCCAACAAAUACGAAGUGAUAGUAAUCGAUAAUUUGGUGAAUUCGGUGCGUCUGGAGGGCAAUCAAAUGCCUGAAAGUAUAGUACGAGUGGAAAGGCUUGCGAACACAAAAGUCAAGCAAUACUUGAACGGAGACAUAAGGGAUGAGGAGUUUUUAGAUCAACUAUUUUCCAGCCAUAAGAUCGAUGUUGUCAUUCAUUUCGCUGCACUCAAGUCUGUGGGAGAAUCAGUGGCUAAACCUCUCGAGUACUACGAGAAUAAUGUUAGCGGAACUAUAAGUCUGCUAAAGUCAAUGCGAAAACAUGGAGUGACCAAAUUUAUAUUUUCGUCGUCGGCCACAGUCUAUGGCGAUCCAGAAGUACUACCUCUUGUUGAGAGCCUACCGACGGGUCAGACCUGUUCUAACCCUUACGGCAGAACUAAACACAUUGUGGAACUCAUUCUGAAAGAUGUCUGCAAAUCGUCGCCCGAAUGGUCGGUCAUUUCUUUGCGUUACUUCAAUCCAGUCGGCGCUCAUUCGUCGGGCGAUAUCGGCGAAGACCCUCAGGACAUACCCAACAAUUUGAUGCCAUUUAUAACACAAGUGGCGGUCGGAAUCCGACCCGAACUCAGCGUUUUUGGCAACGAUUAUAACACCGUUGACGGAACAGGUGUUAGGGAUUAUCUACAUAUCGAUGACUUAGCGAUCGGACACUUGAAGGCCAUUGAAAAGAUUUCGGGUAAGGGUUGGAAUGGAUUCAAUGCCAUCAAUUUGGGCACCGGUCGCGGAUACAGUGUACUCGAGGUAAUUAGCAGUUUGUUAACCGUUUUAUACUCACAACAAUUUAUUUUAAAGAUAGUAAAAGCGUUUGAAACGGCAAACGGUGUGAAAAUUCCGUACAAAAUAGUGCCGCGAAGACCGGGAGACGUGACGGCCCUCUAUUCGGACGCGAGUCUGGCCCUCGAAAAGCUGCUGACCUUCCGGCAGUCCUCAGACCUUCUCUACACGAGAAGACGGACCUUUACCGUCAGUUUGUUAGGUUUGCCAAUAUCCUGA